AUGCCAGAGUGUUCUCUGGGGUCCUCGGACAUCACCGUGUUCUACUGCAGAGCCUCGUGGGAGUGUGGUCCGUGCGGGAAGGAAGUGAGAGCGUUAAAAAGAUCUCAGCUAAGAGACGUGCUGUUAAUGCUGUUACCAACUAAAAUAAUAACGCUUUGACGCAUAUCACCUACAGACAUCAAGCUCUCUGGAAUGUGUCAGUUGGAAAUGGUGGGUCACGAUAAAGUACCUUUCUCUGGUUAUGUUGUGUGUGUGGUGUUGUGUUUCUUCCCUUUGUUUCUGAACCCUGACCUCUACCCCCUGGCUUUAAUCAGUAGGGCUGAGGCCGGGUCACAGUGGGUCAGUGUCCUGCUCCACCAAUCAGCCUGGUCAGUGGAACACAGAACUGCCCACACACACACCAUCAGCUGUCAAGUGGCACUGCAGCAGUCUACUGAUCAGGCAAACCAGAGUAAUGAGAGAUCUAACCUCCAACCCAACAUUGUCAAACAUCUCCGACCCACACACCAACCUCGUCGACCCACUGAACUCACAACUCCAACUUGUUAACCCUAACUCCAAUCUAUACUGUAGUAUAGGGCUGUAACAAAUGUAAAACAUUUAAAAGUUUAAACUGCCAUGUUUUCUCUCGUUUAAACGUAUUAAAAAAGCAACAUAAAAUUAAGUGAAUUCACAAUUCGUCGCACACAGUAUGACCGCUAGGGGGCAAUGCAAUUAUAUCUACCGCAGUCCUGGCUACCUACCAGGCAGCGUUUUAGGUUCUCUGUUGUGUGCCUCUCCUCCAUGUUCUCAGUUGUCCGUACAUGGGACUUAACGUCCCACUUCUCAUCAAUGUGAUGGCUCGUUGCAGUGAUGUAUGACAGCGUGUUCAUAGAUGUCCAACAAUCUGUUGUUAAUGCCACCACGUAUGGUGUUUGAUAGCUUGCACUUUGUACUUGCAGAGCAGUCAUUGUACAAUUUCUCCAUCAGGGCCGGGUUUCUGUUUAAAAAAUGGUUUUGCCUUUAUGAUGAUGUGAUGGUCAGGACCAAUCUGUGAGUGGUAGUUUUGUGAUGACUGCACUGUGAUUUAAAUUUUGUAAAAUCAAGGUUAGGGAUUUUUUCCAAACGUUAACGAUCCCAAAUUCGUUUAGACGUUUAAACAUCACACCCUUACAGUAGUACUUGUAGACCAUUGCAUUCUGGUCUAGCACUGCUAGGAAUAGGCUCCAAGAUGUUCAUCACCGUUUCCCCUGCUUUUCAGGGAUCAUGAAAGGAGAUAUUGUCUGGCUGAUAUUUGCUUGAAGGAUUUGCAAGGCAUUUGUUAUAAGAUGUUUCAGAGAAAACUCAUUUGAAUGUUUGUUUCACAUGCAGUAAUGAGAUUAAUUGGCUGGUUUUACAGAGAAAACAAGCACAGCAGAUGGACCUGGUUUUACAGAGAAAACAAGCACAGCAGAUGGACCUGGUUUUACAGAGAAAACAAGCACAGCAGAUGGACCUGGUUUUACAGAGAAAACAAGCACAGCAGAUGGACCUGGUUUUACAGAGAAAACAAGCACAGCAGGGAUUUGUGAUGGACCUGGUUUUGAACAAGGGUUCAGAAGAAAGCUGAGCGAAAUAGAGCAGUGUUACCUCUGAAACAUAAUUAAACUUUUGACUAUAAUAAUGUCCAUCAGUGCAGAACCUUCUCUCUCUUGUCUCUCUUCUGGCAGUGCAAUCUUUUUGUCUAGCUCUGAAAAUAGAGAUUAGCUUACUCAACUCAUAGUGGGCUAUCUUAUGAGUAUCAUGGGGGAGGGAUUUUCUGGGUUGGUCUGUUAGGUUGAGGGUCUUUAAUUCUCUCUCUCUCUCUCCUUCCCUCCCUCCCUCCGUACCUCUCUCUGUCUCUCCCUCCCUCUCUCUUUCCUUCACCCUCUCGCUCCCUCUCUCUUGUUUAGCGCGCCUGCCAAGUCCUGCUGAGCGUGUUUGCAAGCUGGUGAAAAGAAUGAAUAAUUCAGCAGUAAGCAUGCUUACAGCUGGCCGUUUUGGGGCCCUUGAUCUGGGGAUUGGGCGUCUGCAUGAAUGCCCAUAUUGUCAUGUUAUGUGUACACGAUUGAGAGUAGGGAGGCCCCAGCAUGAGCGGCAGGAGAUUACAGUGCGGGCAUGCUGGGUGCGUGGUCACACCACUAAAUCCCCCAGAUGCUGUUUGUUCGGCCGAGGUCACAUGUUGUCCGCCGGUCCGUGUGGCCUUAACACAAUGGUCCCCUCCAAGUGAACGAGGAUUAGGGUUAGUCUCACCCACCAGGCCCCCUCCACACACACCUGUCUGGAGUGGACAUAAAAGUCAGGAGGCCACUACCUACACACACAGACUGCUGUCUUUCUAACCUUAGUGCUUUGUUUCUUCCCUCAGGUCGCAAUGAAUUGAUAGCAAGAUACAUCAAACUAAGAACAGGAAAGACAAGGACAAGAAAGCAGGUAAGAGGACUGUCUUUCCCAUAUUUUUUUUGGGUGGCAAGGGGGGGGCGUGGUAUGGGCGUGGCCAAUGGCGCUGUCUUCGAGCCCAAAAUAUCGGAGUCCCUCCUCUUGGCUGCAGAGACCCUUAGAGGGUGCUGGAGGGCAGGUCAUCUGACACCACUGGCCGAACUCAGACACUUUGAGCUGUGUUGCUAUGCAUAGGAGAAUCAAAACACAUUUUUUGCAUGAUGCUUAGCACUUGAUGUCAAAAGACCACAGGUGACUUUUCACUGUAGAAUCUUAGAGAAAGAUGGAGGGAUACAGGGCGCUUGCAGCAGUUGUCAAGGGGGGAGUGUGUGCCCCCAGUGGCGGGUUUUAGGCCGCUUUCUUUUCAUCUCCAUGGUAACCGUCUGUUCCCUUGUCUCCCUCCCAACAGGUCUCCAGUCACAUUCAGGUUCUUGCCAGACGGAAAUCUCGGGAGUUUCACACCAAGCUGAAGGUAAGAGCUACUGCUUACUGCACUGUUUGUGUAGCUUCCUGUUUCUGUUGCCGUGGUGACAGGUGGGAUGCUUGAUGCUGUGACUCCUGUAUCUUAGAUUCCUCACAUCUGAUAUUCCUGUUUAGCAUUCGAUGGGCUAGUCCCACACUUCCCCCUGUUUGGUGCUCUGUUGCUUAUUGCUUCCUGUAACUAACAAAAGAAUACACUCGCUCAGCGGAACUGAACUGUCUUUGCAAUGUGUUAGUUCUUCACUCUUUGUCACUGAUCAAGGAUUUAAUUGUAUGUUCAGUUUCAUCAUAUUUCAUAUUUAAACAAGGUGUUGUACAAUGCAAAUUUCUUCCAUCAACUUGCAAGAAAAUACUGGAAUGUAAUUUUUUUAGAUGUAUAAAUAUAGAUUGCACAAUAUUGUCAGUGCAUGAUGUUAGGACAGCAAGCUACUGACAGCCAAUGAAGGCAGUGUGCUGGCAAGACAUGUUUGCUAUUGAUUGUACAGUAGAUGAGCAGCUUAGACCUUAUCAUCAUUUAACACUGAAGCUGUUUGGCUUGCAGGCCAGAUUGCAUGGCCAAUGUCAAUACCUCCCAUUUCAUCUCUAACAAUCUGAACAUCAUCAUCAUCAUCAUCCUUUGUUGUAAUACAGACACUAGUUAGUCUUGUCCAAAUAGCAAAGUAUACAGGUGAUGACAAGUGGGCUGUAAGAGUAAAACCUCUUAUCUCUUUGCAUUCAGGUCACAUGUAUGGUAAGUACCACCCUCAAAAUACUGUACUGUUGGCUGUGCUUCAGGGCCGUCUGUACAGCUGGAUGUGAAGGUGUCCCUGCUCGUAGAUCCAUAGUGUUGUGUUCUGCUGCGGAAGGCCUAUGUACUGUGUAAUGUAUGUCCUGUGUGUAUCUAUCACCAGCAGCUACUGCGUAUCCACCCUGCGCCAUCUCAGUGCAUCGUCUUUGCCAGCAUGCUCAUCCUCUCCCAAGGCUUCUUUCACUCAAAUGGCAGUGAGGCAACCCAUUAACCCACGCUUAAACAAAUACAUAUGCUUUUCAUUAAAAAAUCUCACCCCGUGGGGUCAAAAUGAUCACAAGAACGGUGAGCAAAAAUCCCAGAACCACACGGGGGGACCUAGUGAAUGACCUGCAGAGAGCUGGGACCAAAGUAACAAAGCCAACCAUCAGUAACACACUACGCCGCCAGGGACUCAAAUCCUGCAGUGCGAGACGUGUCCCCCUGCUUAAGCCAGUACAUGUCCAGGCCCAUCUGAAGUGCAUUUGGAUGAUCCAGAAGAGGAUUGGGAGAAUGUCAUAUGGUCAGAUGAAACCAAAAUAUAACUUUUUGGUAAAAACUCAACUCGUCAUGUUUGGAGGACAAAGAAUGCUGAGUUGCAUCCAAAGAACACCAUACCUACUGUGAAGCAUGGGGGUGGAAACAUCAUGCUUUGGGGCUGUUUUUCUGCAAAGGGACCAGGACGACUGAUCCGUGUAAAGGAAAGAAUGAAUGGGGCCAUGUAUCGUGAGAUUUUGAGUGAAACCCUCCUUCCAUCAGCAAGGGCAUUGAAGAUGAAACGUGGCUGGGUCUUUCAGCAUGACAAUGAUCCCAAACACACCGCCCGGGCAACGAAGGAGUGGCUUCGUAAGAAGCAUUUCAAGGUCCUGGAGUGGCCUAGCCAGUCUCCAGAUCUCAACCCCAUAGAAAAUCUUUGGAGGGAGUUGAAAGUUUGUGUUGCCCAGCGACAGCCCCAAAACAUCACUGCUCUAGAGGAGAUCUGCAUGGAGGAAUGGGACAAAAUACCAGCAACAAUGUGUGAAAACCUUGUGAAGACUUACAGAAAACGUUUGACCUGUGUCAUUGCCAACAAAGGGUAUAUAACAAAGUAUUGAGAAACUUUUGUUAUUGACCAAAUACUUAUUUUCCACCAUCAUAUGCCAAUAAAUUCAUAAAAAAUCCUACAAUGUGAUUUUCUGGAUUUUUUUUCCUCAUUUUGUCUGUCAUAGUUGACGUGUACCUAUGAUGAAAAUUACAGGCCUCUCUCAUCUUUUUAAGUGGGAGAACUUGCACAAUUGGUGGCUGACUAAAUACUUUUUUCCCCCACUGUAAAUAUGAAGAGCAAUAUAAUUCUGUACUCUUAAAAGCACAUUAUUUUCAGGCAUAAAGGUGACCUUGGUGAUACUGUGGUCUGCUCAAAUAAUCCAUGUCUUCUCCUUUGUCAUUGUAAAGAGCUCUGUUGAUUGUGUGUGUGGGGGGGAGGUUGUAUAUGUGUGUGUGUGUGUGUUUGGUUGUUGUUGCUUGUUCUUUGGCCCACCACUCUGAGUCAUUGUGUUGUGUUCUGCUGAAGGACCAGAGUGUGAAAGACAAGGCACUGCAGAGUAUGGCCUCCAUGUCCUCGGCUCAGAUCGUCUCUGCCACCGCCAUCCACAACAAGCUGGGCCUCCCAAGACCCACCUUCCCUGGAGCGACAGGGGUAAGACACCCCUCACUAAACACACAUAUCUCGUAACAAUUGACUUUAUGUGCAUUGUGCUGUCCUGAUUGUCCAUUCAUUUACUCUUCCCUAGUUUUGGCAGGGUAUGAUAUCCACUGGACAGCCUGGAUCCUCACAAGAGUAAGUCGUCCUAAUGUGUCUGUCUUGUUAUUGAUAAUAUAAGAUGAUUAAGUAAUGACUUCACUAAUUUGUUAGCUAGAUUUACAUAACUUAUCUAGCUAGUUAAUUUUUUGUAUUAUUGCAAUAACCAGGUCAACUUCCUGAUUCUGUCUUAUCUUCAGCAUUAAGCCAUUUUCCCAGCAGGCCUACCCCAUCCAGACAGCUGUAACGACCACCAUCUCAGGUGAGGGAGCCCUUUUACCCUAUCCGCCCUUUUUCUAUCAGCUCAUUUCACUUUAUCGUAGGCCAACGCUCAAAAUAAACUCCAAUGGCACCUAUUACCAGGGCAUUAAUACUGUUACAUGGCUAAUGCUACUAGUGAUAUAGCUAAUGGGUAUCAUGUUAGUGAGUGUUGGAUAGUAAGGGGUGGGAUGUUAGUGUCAGUAAACGGUGGAUAGUGAGGUGACAGUGUUGUGUGUAAUCCCCCCAGCGUACGAGCCCCCCACGCCUACAGCCCCCGCCUGGCAGGGACGCUCCAUCGGGACCACCAAACUCAGACUGGUGGAGUUUUCUGCCUUCCUGGAGCAGCAGAGAGAUCCUGACUCUGUGAGUACCUGCCUUAUUGUCUUCCUUCCCACACACAGUAAAACACACCUGGGUAAACCAGUACUUGUUUCUCAGGCAGCAUCCCAAACCAGGCCAAACUAGUGCAGAUUCCUGAGGUCAACCAUACUUCCUCAAACUGGGGCAUAUCGUCACACACUCUCACAGACAAAGAAGGUAAAACAAACAAAGCAGAAUACCUCCAAAUACCAAAGUGAUUCUGGAACAUAAUAAAGGAAACAAAAUAAAGGAAACGCCAACAUAAAGAGUCUUAACAGGGCGUUGGGCCACCACGAGCCAGAACAGCGUAAAUGCGCCUUGGCAUAGAUUCUACAAGUGUCUGGAACUCUAUUGGAGGGAUGCGACACCAUUCUUCCACGAGAAAUUCCAUCAUUUUGUUGAUGGUGGUGGAAAACGCUGUCUCAGGCGCCACACCAGAAUCUCCCAUAAGUGUUCACACACACCUUUUAAAUCCCCUAUGCUCCUUUGAGACCCCUCUUUCAAAAUAACAGAUCUCUUCUAGCCAUGGUAGCCAAAAUAAUGGUCAACUGGACAUUUUUAUACAAGCAAUCAAACAAAGUCUAUUUUUACAUCCAUUGAGAAUUACAAUGUAUUUGAAAAAUAUUUCCAGCUCUCUCCCUUUUGAUAACCACUCAGCGUGAAAGGGAGAAAUGUAAUGCUCUGAUCCAGUGGAAACAUCAUAAAAUAGGCUUCUUAUCAGUGCUUGACUUGGACUGAUAUAGGUUCCGGUAUACAUUUUGUGUGCUGGUACUGUCUAUAUUUAGGUGGAGGAGCUCCACAAUACUUUUGAGCUAAUAUUCUAUAAGAGGAACAGCUCAAGCAGUAGAACAUUUGAGGUGCUGGUACUCAGCACCAGUGAGCUCCUGUCCAAGUCAAGCACUGCUUCUUAUCCCUUGCGCAAAUAGCCUACAGCUGUGUCUGUACGGAGCUCACUGGCGCAGGAAACUGAGGGCCCCAAAUAUUUUAUACAAUGUUGCAAGUUCGCUAGUGGAAGCUUUGGGCCUGACCCAAGUUAAUAGUUGAUACAUUGUUUCAAGUUCAUUGCAGACAGGCCAUGUGUAGCCAAUGUGAUUUAUAGGAUAUUUAUUUAUUUGUUGGAUUUAUGUAGGCUUUAUUACAUAGUUUGCAAUGGCAAUAUGUUAUUCUUUAGGUUUGUAUCAUUUUCAUUUAGAUUUUGAUAGAAUUUUGAUUAACCACAUGACAUUGAUUUUGAGAUAUGAAGACGUUAUUAUAAAUUUAAAUGAAACUGUUUCAUGAAAUGUGCAUAUGAAAACCAAAAACUGGCGAGGAGAUCGGUAGAAAUGGUAAGAUAAUUGGCAUUUAACAUGAGAAAGGUUGCCGACUCCUCAUGUAGCCUAUUACCGGCAACUUCAGGAGAGUAAUGGCAGAAUCUGCGAAAGCCAGCAGGAGAGGGAGGAGAAUAAUUGGGUCAGGUUAAGUUUUUUUUUUUUUCUUGUUAUCUAGAUCUCUGGCACCCUCUUGAGGCAUCAAAACGUAAGCUUAAAGCAUCAAUGCACAUAGUUGAUUUAAUUAAAACACAUAGUGUGUCUAUAUAUGGAAAAAUACACGUUUUAAAAUGUUGAGCAAUCGAUUGGUCGAAAUAACAGACUACUUUCGGUCGACCAAGAUUUUAUUUUUAUUUUUUUGUCGGGGACAGCCCUAAGCUGAUUUACCGAAGUCAGUAGAGACCAAAGGAAUUUCCAGAGUUAGCCAUCCCUGAGACUGGGUGUGGUAGCUCAAAUGUCAAAAGUUUAGUAAUGAUGUUAGGUACAGUGGGACUUUUUGUAAAAGGGCUUUAUAAAUGAAAACAUAGCAAUGUAUCAACCUACAUGACAUCAAAGAUAUAUUAAUAUGAUUUUCUUAUGACAACCAACUAGUGACCUUGUUAAGAAUUUUUAGAGCCGGCUUCCCAGACAUAGAUUAACUAUAGUCCUGGACUAAAAAGCAUUCUCAAUGGAGAUUAUAUAUUGAAAACACUUUUUAGUCCAGGACCAGGCUUAAUCUGUGUCUGAGAAACCAGCUCUUAGGGUAAUGGAGAAGUCCUAAAAUAAUGCUAAUAGAAGUGAUCUAUCUAAACUGGUUGUUUUCUCUCUCUCAUCAGUACCUGUUUGUGAACAUUGGACAGACCAACUACUCGUACAGCGAUGCCCUACUGGAGGCUGUGGACAUCCGUCAGAUAUACGACAAGUUCCCAGAGAAGAAGGGAGGACUGAAGGAGCUUUUUGGAAAGGGCCCUCACAACUCCUUCUUCCUGGUCAAGUUCUGGGUGAGUUUCAUGGCACAUGCACAAGGUCAUAUACUGUGAAUGGUUGUAAAAGGCGCAUUGUCGGCUGUCCAGUGCGCUGCUCUAUAACGUGUCUUGAAUAAAAUCCUGGCCGUUAUUGUCCACACAGUUUGGCUUUACAAUACACACAUGAUUGACAUCUAAACAAACAACAUUAAUGAUACAUCCAUUCAAGUACAGUGCCUUCAGAAAUUAUUCACACCCCUUUACUUUUUCCCAAAAAAAUGUACAGCCUGAAUUUAAAAUGGAUAACAUUUUGAUUCUUUUUUUGUCACUGGCCUACACACAAUACCCCAUAAUGUCAAAGUGGAAUUAUGUUUUUCGAAAUUUGUACAAAUGUAUUAAAAAUAAAAGCUGAAAUGUCUUGAGUAAAUAAGUAUUUAACCACUUUAUUAUGGCAAGCCUAAAUAAGUUCAGGAGUACACAUUUUCAUGGACUCACUCUGUGUGCAAUAAUGGUGUUUAACAUGAUUUUUUUUUAUGACUACCUCAUCUCUGUACCCCACACAUACAAUUAUCUGUAAGGCCCCUCAGUCGAGCAUCGAAUUUCAAACACGGAUUCAACCACAAAGACCAGGGAGGUUUUCCAAUGCCUCGCAAAGGGCACCUAUUGAUAGAUGGGUAAAAAAAAAGCAGACACCGAAUAUCCCUUUGAGCAUGGUGAAGUUAUUAAUUACACUUUGGAUGGUGUAUCAAUACACCCAGUCACUACAAAGAUACAGGCGUCCUUCCUAACUCAGUUGCUGGAGAGGAAGGAAACCGCUCAGGGAUUUCACCAUGAGGCCAAUGGGGACUUUAAAACAGUUAGUUUUAAUGGCUGUGAUGGGAGAACUGAGAAUGGAUCAACAUCAUUGUAGUUACUCCACAAUACUUACCUAAUUGACAGAGUGAAAAGAAGGAAGCUUGUACAGAAUAAAACAUAUUCCAAAACAUGCAUCCUGUUUGCAACAAGGCAAUAAAGUAAUACUGCAAAACAUUUGGUAAAGUAAUUAACUUUUUGUCCUGAAUACAAAGUGUUAUGUUUGGGGCAAAUCCAAUACAACACAUUAGUGAGUACCACUCUCCAUAUUUUCAAGCAUAGUGGUGGCUACAUCAUGUUAUGGGUAUGUUUGUAAUUGUAAUUGGAGCUAAGCACAAGCAAAUUUGAGAGGAAAACCUGGUUCAGUCUGCUUUCCACCAGACACUGGGAGAUAAAUUCACCUUUCAGCAGGACAAUAACCUAAAGGCCAAAUCUACGCUGGAAUUGCUUACCAAGAAGACAGUGCAUGUUCCUGAGUGGCCGAGUUAAAGUUUUGACUUAAAUCUGCUUGGAAAUCUAUGGCAAGACCUGAAAAUGAUUGUCUAGCAAUUACAACAACCAAUUUGACAGAGCUUGAAGAAUUUUUUUAAGAAUAAUGGCCAAAUGUUGCAAAAUCCAGGUUUGGAAAGCUCUUAGAGACUUACCCAGAAAGACUCACAGCUGUAAUCGCUGCAAAAAGUAUUGACUCAGGAGUGUGAAUACUUAUGUAAACUAGAUAUUUCUGUAUUUCAUUUUCAAUAAAUUUGCAGACAUUUCUAAAAGCAUGUUUUAAUUUUUUCAUUAUGGGGUAUUGUGUGUAAAUGGGUGAAAAAAAAAUGAAUUUAAUUCAUUUUGAAUUCAAGCUGUAACACAACAAAAUGUGGAAUAAGUCAAGGGGUAUGAAUACUUUCUGAAGGCACUGUAUAAGCCAAGGAUAUGGGUUUGUGUUUGAAUGUGUGUGUGCGUGUGUAUGUAUGCGUGUUAUAUCAAUCAAAUGUUAUUUGUCACAUGCUUCGUAAACAACAGGUGUAGACUAACAGUGAAAUUGCUUACUUACGGGCCCUUCCCACAAUGCAUCCCUAGGGGCUGAUGUGGUAGCAUUGAGGCUUUGUUUGAACACCUGCCUACCUCCUGACAGGUGUGAGAGAUUGGGGCAAACUAAGGAGAUUGCAGCAGCUCCCUACCAAUGGAGUCUCUGUCUCUCUAAGCGCAAAUAUUAACUGGUGCCAUUCUCCACAGCUUUACUUACUAUUACAUACUAUUGGCCAAAAAAAAGCUUGAUUUGAUUUGGUCUCAGAAGCAACAUUAAUGUUAGGACUAUAAAGAAUGUCAUCCUCAGUUCUAUGUUUACUUCUGUUUCUUACAUGCAUGGUGGUUCUCUAUUUAAGAUACUCAAUAAAAUCCCUUUCUUUUGUUCAUCUUUUGAAAAUAUUUUCAUAAUCUACAGUCAACUAAUAGGUUUUCAAACGAGACCAUUUUCAUUCGCGUCCACAUGAAUAAAAUUCAAAUGGCAACGCAAACAAGAGGGUGAAUCUCUCUUCAGACAUUAGUGAAGAGCCACUGCAUCUGAAUUUCAAACAUGGACACCCACACUCUAAACAAUAGCCCUCUUCUCAUCAUUACAGACCUUAAUAACACGCUGACUUAAUGAAGGAGCUAUGUAUUCCUUUGUACAAAUGAUGGUUUUCUCUGUUCUUGAAACAGGCCUUCCUCUUCAUUUACAUUUACAUUUUAGUCAUUUAGCAGACGCUCUUAUCCAGAGCGACUUACAGUUAGUGAGUGCAUACAUUAUUUUUUGUUUGUUAUUAAUUUUUUUUUUUUAAUUUUUUUUAUACCCCCCGUGGGAAUCGAACCCACAACCCUGACGUUGCAAACGUCAUGCUCUACCAACUGAGCUACAUCCCCUGCCGGCCAUUCCCUCCCCUACCCUAGACGACACUGGGCCAAUUGUGCGCCGCCCCAUGGGUCUCCCGGUCGCGGUCGCGACCUCUUCAGAGGACUCUUAUUAUAUAGUUGUUUUACAUCCAUUCAGGCUAUUUCUAAAGAUACAGUACAUCCUGUGCCAUUCGAUAUUCCUAAAGCCUCUUUUGGUUUGAAAAGAUUAUUGGACAACAGUGUUUACCGGUGGAUGGCUACUCCACUCAUUCUCAGGAUACAGACAUUCCAAAUAAUAUGGUUGUAAGUAUUGCCAUGAGCCACUAGAGGGCCUCGCUGCCUUAGUAACCUUUACAUCAUGGAUCAUCAACUAUAUUCAGCCACCGGCCGAUUUCUUUUCUUGAGUGGAUGGUCAGGGGGCCGGAACAUAAUUACAAAUAAUUUGUAGACUGCAAAUUGACCUCAAGAAGCCCAAACAAAUAUAAUAUUUGACUAAAACAAUCAUUUCAAACCUUGCUUACAUGUAUACAAUCACAUAGACUAAGUCGCCAAUUUAUUAGGUACACCCAUCUAGUACUGGGUCGGACCUCCCUUUGCCUCUAGAACAGACUGAAUUUUUCGGGGCAUGGAAACGUUGCCCCAUUGAUAUCAAGCAGUGGAGGCUCCUUAGAGGAGGUCGGGGAGGACCAUCCUCCUCAGUGAAUUUCAGAAAAAUAGAAAUAGUGAAACAUAAAACUAUACUAAAUAUAUUCACAUGUCACCAAAUAAUUGAUUAAAACGCUGUUUUGCAAUGAAGGUCUGUCUACAGUAUCAUCAACAACACUCUGUAGGGUAGCACCAUUGUGGAGCCGGAGAGCAGCUAGUUUCCAUCCUCCAAAACGAAGGAGGCUCAUGGUUCUCACCCCCUUCCAUAGACUUACACAGUAAUUAUUACAACUUCCGGAGGACGUCCGCCUACCUAUCAGAGCUCUUGCAGCAUGAACUGACAUGUUGUCCAUCGAAUCAAAGGAUCAGAGAAUGAAAGCAUAAGCUACAGCUAGCUAACACUGCAUUGCAUAAAAUGUAGUAGUUGACUCAAUGAAAGACUAUUUGAACAAAAUUCAUAAAAACCAGUUUUCGCUUUGUCAUUAUGGGGUAUUGUGUGUAGAUUGCUGAGGAUUUUUAUUUAUUUAAUCAAUUUUAGAAUAAGGCUGUAACGUAACAAAAUGUGGAAAAAGUCAAGGGGUCUGAAUAGUUUCCUAAGGUACUGAAUAUUUGCUAGCUGACUAUGGCUACCCAACACUGGAACUCUUCCAAGUCAAAGUAAGCUUUUGGUUUUAUAAAUGUAUUGCCGCUGGGGCCCGCCGGUGUAACUGCUAAACUGCUUGCUGACUGUACUGCAUGAUUGUAGCGGGUUUACUAACUAGUAGCUAUGUUGACUAUGACGUUAGCUAAUAUGGUGACAAUGAUGUAGGCUGUGUGUAGCGGUUAGCGGUUAUGAUAUGAAGGUUUGGCUUGUAAAGUUUUUUUUGCCUGGUCACAGACAUCUGAUGUGUUGUGCACUGACGUCCACAAGUGAAGGGAAAAGGUGAGAGGAGGAGAGCGUGUAGAUGCGAGAAGGAAUUAUAUAACGAUCAAAAGGAUCAUGCUGUUUGUGUGUGGCUACUAUGAAAGUGAACUGUGUUUGCGUGUGAUCAGGGGUGUAUUAAUUCCACCGAUUCUGUUGAAAAACAUUUCUCAAAACGGAACGAAAACGGGGAUAAACAUACCUGAAUUUGUCCAAUAGAAACUCUUGUUUACAACUGUUGGACUAAUGAAACACCCUAGAUUAGCUAGAUGCAGGCAAGAGUGUGCAAGGCGGUAUUGAAUGUGUCACUCUGUCACCUUGAUUAGUCAAAUUUUUCUCUCACAUUGUGAACUUUCAUUCAUAGACUAGGUUGUAGCAACCUCCAUGAUGGGUAUAAGGAAAAUGUGUGUAUCUUGUAGUAGCCUAAACCUAUCGACGUUAUAUUAAGCUGGGUGAAUGGAAUAUGAAUGACCGUCAUCCAAUAUGCUGCAAUACAAAUAAGGCCAUGCUCAUAAUAACAAUUAUCAUUACAUUUACAUUUAUGUCAUUUAGCAGACGCUCUUAUCCAGAGCGACUUACAGUUAGUGAAUACAUUAUUUUUUUUUAUACUGGCCCCCCGUGGGAAUCGAACCCACAACCCUGGCGUUGCAAACGCCAUGCUCUAUCAACUGACUACAUCCCUGCCGGCCAUUCCCUCCCCUACCCUGGACGACGCUGGGCCAAUUGUGCGCCGCCCAUGAGUCUCCCGGUCGCGGCCGGCUGCGACAGAGCCUGGAUUCGAACCAGGAUCUCUAGUGGCACAGUUAGCACUGCGAUGCAGUGCCUUAGACCACUGCGCCACUCAGGAGUAUCAUCCUCCCUCAUCUUAAACGUCACUGACUGCCACUGGUAUCAGGGGACCUAAAGUGUGCCAGGAAAACAUUCCCCAUACCAUUACACCACCGCCACCUGCCUGUACCGUUGAUACCAGGCAGGAUGGGGCCAUGGAGUCAUGUUGCUUAUGCCAAAUCCUGACUCUGCCAUCAGCAUGACGCAACAGGAACCGGGAUUUGUCUGACCAGGCGACGUUUGUCCACUCUUCAAUUGUCCAGUGUUGGCAAUCGCGUGCCCACUGGAGGAAAUCGCGUGUCCACUGGAGCCGCUUCUUCUUGUUUUUAGCUGAUAGGAGUGGAAACUUGUGUGGUCGUCUGCUGCAAUAGCCCAUCUGUGACGAGGACCGACAACUUGUGCACUCCGAGAUGCUGUUGUACAGCGCUGUUGUUUGUGGGCCGCAUGUUAGCUUGCCCGAUCCUUGCCAUUCUCCUUCGACUUCUCAUCAACACGUGUUUGCCCACAGGAUUGCCGCUGACUGGAUGCUUUUUUGUUUGUCGCACCAUUCUCGGUAAACCCUAGACACUGUCAUGCGUGAAAAGCCCAGGAGGGCGGACGUUUCUGAGAUACUGGAUCCGGCGCGCCUGGCACCGACGCUCAUACCACUCACAAAGUCCCUUAGGUCACUAGUUUUGUCCAUUUUAACAUUCAAUCCAACAGUAACUGAAUGCCUCUGCCUGCUUUAUAUAGCAAGCCACGGUCACAUUUUCUUGAACAGGGUGGUGUACCUAAUAAACUGGCCGCUGAGUGUUUCUCUCUCUAUGCAUGGGAAUACUUUGGAACAGAUUUCCAAAAUUAAAAUCACUUGGAGCUGAUUUGCUCGCGUUUUUACAGUCAUGAUUUUUUUUUUAACAUUUUUUUUAUAGAAAACAUGGGGGGCCAAAUAAGAUCACCAGCGGGCUGCCUAUUGGGUUAUAGUAGAGCACAGUUAGAAAGAUAUGGCAUAUAGAAGCAAACCGGAUGGACAUCAUGAAAAUGAUCGGAGAGGUUGAGGGUAGAGGAAGUUCAGGAGUAAAAACAAACAAAAUUGAAUUAUUGUAAAAUUGACUGUCCGUAAAAUGUAUAUAGUAUGUAUAAGCUAGAAGUAGAGGCCUAAGCGUUGUUGUUCACUAGUUUACUCCAAUUAGGGGAGGCGUGGUGGAAUUGGAAAGUAAUAAAGGAAAAUGAAUUGUAUGUAUGUGUAUCUAUUUGUGUGUGUAUAUAUAUAUAUAUAUAUAUAUAUAUAUAUAUAUAUAUAUAUAUAUAUAUACACAGACAUACACACACACAAAUAGAUACACACACACACACACACACAAAUAGAUACACAUACAUACUUUUGUGAGAUACUGUGUGUGUGUGUAUAUAUAUAUAUAUAUAUAUAUAUACAGUAUCUCACAAAAGCGAGUACACCCCUCACAUUUUUGUAAAUAUUUGAGUAUAUCUUUUCAUGUGACAACACUGAAGAAAUGACACUUUGCUACAAUGUAAAGUAGUGAGUGUACAGCUUGUAUAACAGUGUAAAUUUGCUGUCCCCUCAAAAUAACUCAACACUCAGCCAUUAAUGUCUAAACCGCUGGCAACAAAAGUGAGUACACCCCUAAGUGAAAAUGUCCAAAUUGGGCCCAAAGUGUCAAUAUUUUGUGUGGCCACCAUCAUUUUCCAGCACUGCCUUAACCCUCUUGGGCAUGGAGUUGGCCAUAAUGACCAUCGUUAUGUUUGGAGGAAAAAGGGGGGCAGCUUGCAAGCCGAAGAACACCAUCCCAACAGUGAAGCACGGGGGUGGCAGCAUCAUGCUGUGGGGGUGCUUUGCUGCAGGAGGGACUGGUGCACUUCACAAAAUAGAUGGCAUCAUGAGGAAAGAAAAUUAUGUGGAUUUUUGAAGCAACAUCUCAAGACAUCAGUCAGGAAGUUAAAGCUUGGUCGCAAAUGGUUCUUCCAAAUGGACAAUGACCCCAAGCAUACUUCCAACGUUGUGGCAAAAUGGCUUAAGGACAACAAAGUCAAGGUAUUGGAGUGGCCAUCACAAAGCCCUGACCUCAAUCCUAUAGAACAUAUGUGGGCCGAACUGAAAAAGCGUGUGCGAGCAAGGAGGCCUACAAACCUGACUCAGUUACACAAGCUCUGUCAGGAGGAAUGGGCCAAAAUUCACCCCACUUAUUGUGGGAAGCUUGUGGAAGGCUACCCGAAACGUUUGACCCAAGUUAAACAAUUUAAAGGCAAUGCUACCAAAUACUAAUUGAGUGUAUGUAAACUUCUCACCCACUGGGAAUGUGAUGAAAGAAAUAAAAGCUGAAAUAAAUCAUUCUCUCUACUAUUAUUCUGACAUUUCACAUUCUUAAAAUAAAGUGGUGAUCCUAACUGACCUAAGACAGGGCAUUUUUACUAGGAUUAAAUGUCAGGAAUUGUGAAAAACUAAGUUUAAAUGUAUUUGGCUAAGGUGUAUGUAAACUUCCGACUUCAAAUUUAUAUAUAUAUAUGUGUGUGUGUGUGUGUGUGUGUGUGUGUGUGUGUGUGUGUGUGUGUGUGUAAUAUAUAUAUAUAUAUAUAUAUAUAUAUAUAUAUAUAUACAUACAUACAUACAUACAGUGGGGGGGAAAAAGUAUUUAGUCAGCCACCAAUUGUGCAAGUUCUCCCACUUAAAAAGAUGAGAGAGGCCUGUAAUUUUCAUCAUAGGUACACGUCAACUAUGAAAGACAAAUUGAGAGAAAAAAAUUCCUGAAAAUCACAUUGUAGGAUUUUUUAUGAUUUUUAUUUGCAAAUUAUGGUGGAAAAUAAGUAUUUGGUCAAUAACAAAAGUUUCUCAAUACUUUGUUAUAUACCCUUUGUUGGCAAUGACACAGGUCAAACGUUUUCUGUAAGUCUUCACAAGGUUUUCACACACUGUUGCUGGUAUUUUGGCCCAUUCCUCCAUGCAGAUCUCCUCUAGAGCAGUGAUGUUUUGGGGCUGUCGCUGGGCAACACAGACUUUCAACUCCCUCCAAAGAUUUUCUAUGGGGUUGAGAUCUGGAGACUGGCUAGGCCACUCCAGGACCUUGAAAUGCUUCUUACGAAGCCACUCCUUCGUUGCCCGGGCGGUGUGUUUGGGAUCAUUGUCAUGCUGAAAGACCCAGCCACGUUUCAUCUUCAAUGCCCUUGCUGAUGGAAGGAGGUUUUCACUCAAAGUCUCACGAUACAUGGCCCCAUUCAUUCUUUCCUUUACACGGAUCAGUCGUCCUGGUCCCUUUGCAGAAAAACAGCCCCAAAGCAUGAUGUUUCCACCCCCAUGCUUCACAGUAGGUAUGGUGUUCUUUGGAUGCAACUCAGCAUUCUUUGUCCUCCAAACACGACGAGUUGAGUUUUUACCAAAAAGUUCUAUUUUGGUUUCAUCUGACCAUAUGACAUUCUCCCAAUCCUCUUCUGGAUCAUCCAAAUGCACUCUAGCAAACUUCAGACGGGCCUGGACAUGUACUGGCUUAAGCAGGGGGACACGUCUUGCACUGCAGGAUUUGAGUCCCUGGCGGCGUAGUGUGUUACUGAUGGUAGGCUUUGUUACUUUGGUCCCAGCUCUCUGCAGGUCAUUCACUAGGUCCCCCCGUGUGGUUCUGGGAUUUUUGCUCACCGUUCUUGUGAUCAUUUUGACCCCACGGGGUGAGCUCUUGCGUGGAGCCCCAGAUCGAGGGAGAUUAUCGUGUCCUGAGUGGCGCAGUGGUCUAAGGCACUGCAUCGCAGUGCUAACUGUGCCACUAGAGAUCCUGGUUCGAAUCCAGGCUCUGUCGCAGCCGGCCUCGACCGGGAGACUCAUGGGCGGCGCACAAUUGGCCCAGCGUCGUCCAGGGUAGGGGAAGGAAUGGCCGGCAGGGAUGUAGCUCAGUUGAUAGAGCAUGGCGUUUGCAACGCCAGGGUUGUGGGUUCGAUUCCCACGGGGGGCCAGUAUAAAAAUAAAUAAAUACAUGUAUUCACUAACUGUAAGUCGCUCUGGAUAAGAGCGUCUGCUAAAUGACUAAAAUGUAAAUGUAAAUGUAUGUCUUGUAUGUCUUCCAUUUCCUAAUAAUUGCUCCCACAGUUGAUUUCUUCAAACCAAGCUGCUUACCUAUUGCAGAUUCAGUCUUCCCAGCCUGGUGCAGGUCUACAAUUUUGUUUCUGGUGUCCUUUGACAGCUCUUUGGUCUUGGCCAUAGUAGAGUUUGGAGUGUGACUGUUUGAGGUUGUGGACAGGUGUCUUUUAUACUGAUAACAAGUUCAAACAGGUGCCAUUAAUACAGGUAACGAGUGGAGGACAGAGGAGCCUCUUAAAGAAGAAGUUACAGGUCUGUGAGAGCCAGAAAUCUUGCUUGUUUGUAGGUGACCAAAUACUUAUUUUCCACCAUAAUUUGCAAAUAAAUUCAUAAAAAAUCCUACAAUGUGAUUUUCUGGAUUUUUUUUCUCAUUUUGUCUGUCAUAGUUGACGUGUACCUAUGAUGAAAAUUACAGGCCUCUCUCAUCUUUUUAAGUGGGAGAACUUGCACAAUUGGUGGCUGACUAAAUACUUUUUUCCCCCACUGUAUAUAUAAGUUAUAUUAGUUCUCUUAAAGAAAGUCAAUUUAUUUAAACAUUUUCAUCAUGUGUUUUACUUUAGCUGGUGUUGGUCAACAUUUGUUUGACUAUCUAGUUGAUCCUCUUCAUGUGCUGUUGUGUUGUCCUGAUGCAGGCUGACCUGAACUGUAACAUCCAGGAAGACUCUGGGGCCUUCUACGGUGUGAGCAGCCAGUAUGAGAGCUCUGAGAACAUGACCAUCACCUGCUCCACCAAGGUGUGCUCCUUCGGCAAGCAGGUGGUUGAGAAGGUGGAGGUGAGUCCUAGGGCUCUAUUCAAUCUGGAAAGCUGAAGCGUUACGGAUUCCGCGAUAGAAAUGUUAAGGUAGUUUCCGAUUGAGACGACAUAUGCAGCGUUUACCCUGAAUGCAGUCUAUGCUAAAGCGGGAACAUUGCCUAAAAGUUUAAAUCACGCUGUAAAGCUGAAGAUCCGCGUUAUAGCUUCGAUUGAAAUUUAAAGGGAAUGUUCCGCGUUCACGGGUAAACGCUGCAUAAGUCAGCAAAUUUGAACGUGUAUCUUCCGAAAUACGGAGUGAAUCCAGGUCUUAGUCACACACACCACUGUGUGCUUGGUGGGGACGCAACUAUAAAACCACAUAAAUGACUCACAAUCCUUACCUACUUUUAUAUUUGUGUUUCUCACAAUUGCUGUGUGUUACCUCCUUUUUGAUCAUGGUGGACAUUGUUCCCUCCACUUAUUUGUUUUCUUGUGAAGAGCUGUACUCAGUGAUCUCUCUCUCUCUCCCCCUCAGACUGAAUAUGCCUGCUUCGAGAAUGGACGCUUUGUCUACAGGAUAAGCCGCUCCCCCAUGUGUGAAUACAUGAUCAACUUUAUCCACAAACUCAAACACCUGCCUGAGAAGUACAUGAUGAACAGUGUCCUAGAGAACUUCACCAUCCUAUUGGUAAGGAUAUCCUGUUCAGUCAUCAGUCAGUUUGUAUACUUGUGUGUGUGUCACACUGCAUUUCUCUUGUGUUUCAGGUGAUGACCAACAGAGAAACACAGGAGACGCUGCUGUGCAUGGCUUGUGUGUUUGAGGUGUCGAACAGCGAACACGGAGCUCAACAUCACAUCUACCGGCUAGUCAAAGAAUAA